CUCCACUUCCCUAUUGAAGUGGUACUUCGCUUCUCUGUAUGUACUCCGGUCCCCGCUUCUCCACGCAGCCUCCUUCUUCUUGCGCAGCUGUCGGAGCUUGGGUGUGAACCAGGGCUUGUCGUUGUUAUAACAAACCCUGGUGCGCGUUGGAAUGAUGCGCGCCUCAUUGAACUGUAUGUAUGAGGUCACAGUGUCCGUAUACUCGUCCAGAUUGUCCGUGGCCGCUCCAAUUGCCUCCCAGUCUAUCGUCUCCCAACAAGCACGCAACUCGUCCACAGACUCGGAGGGGAACACUUAAUGGUCCUCAUACAGGUUUAGCCAGUUUCAGUCUCUGUCUGUAUGAAGGGAUUAAGUGCACCAUCACGUGAUCUGACAGUCGAAGAGCAGCGCGCGGGACUGCAUAAUUGCCUUGCUCAAUGUAGUGUAGCAGUGACCACCAGCUGAUCAAAUCCAAGCUGAGGAUGAAAAUCCGACCCCCGCACAAAACCCCCGCACAAGAAAUAGCAGCCAAGAAAGCGACUGAACUGCAUGGCCCUGGAUUCUCCAGAGUGUACAUCUCACUACCGCAGCAAGCUGGCUACGGGGCUUUCCACUUUGGAGGAUUACGGCACCACCUGUGACAUGGACAGUGAGUGGGCAAAACUAAGGUCAACAUUACAUCAAGCUGCCUCUGAAACCAUCGGCUUUACUCAGAAGCACCAUCAAGACUGGUUCGACAACAGCUCGGUAGAAAUACAGGAGCUGCUGGACGCCAAGCGCAAAGCCCAUGCUGCCCUGCUCGCCAACCCUCACUCUCCAUCACUCCUCCACCAUUAUAAAACAACCAGAGCUGAGACACAGAAACAACUGCGGCUCAUGGAAAAUGAGUGGUGGCUCAAAAAAGCCCAGGAGAUCCAGGGAUAUGCAGAUGCUAAUAAUACCUACACAUUCUACGCUGCUGCAAAAUCCAUCUAUGGCCCACAAAAGCGAAGCAUCGCUCCAGUAAGAUCCGCAGACGGACACGUGUUAUUCAAGGAUAAACAACAAAUUCUUGAGCGUUGGGCUGAGCACUUCGACUCACUGCUCAAUAAAAUAAACCCCUCUGAUCCAUUAGUGCUCAAUGCACUCCCAGAUCUCCCGCCUUCUCCCUUCCUUGAUGAUCCUCCCAUGUUCAGUGAGGUCCUUACUGCAAUCAGGAGCCUCAAAAACAACAAAAGCCCUGGCCCUGACGGAAUUCCGGCUGAGAUACUAAAGAAGGGAGGCUAUCUACUGACGCAGAAGCUGUUUCACUUCAUACUAGCCAUCUGGCACAGGGAGGCCCUGCCUCAAGAAUGGAAAGACAGCAACAUCGUCACUAUCUACAAGAAGAAAGGAGAUAAAUCAUCUUGUGGAAAUAGUCGUGGCAUCUCCCUUCUGUCAGUGGCCGGCAAGGUACUUGUGAAAAUUAUGCUUUCUCGCCUUUCAUUUCUAACAGAGGGCAUCCUCCCAGGGACACAGUGUGGCUUCAGAAAGAACCAAAGUACACUAGACAUGAUCUUCGCUGCCCGUCAAAUCCAGGAGAAAUGCAGGGAACAAAACAAGGACCUCUACAUUACCUUUAUUGACCUCACCAAGGCCUUUGACACAGUUGACCGUGAUUUGCUCUGGAGCAUCCUCAGGAAGUUUGGUGUCCCCCCCCAAGUUUCUCAGCAUCCUAAAACAGUUUCACAAUGGUAUGCAGGCCUGUGUACUUGUAGGCAGUGAACAGUCCCCCUCUUUCCCCGUGAAAGUAGGGGUGAAGCAGGGGUGUGUACUGGCCCCAGCGAUCUUCAAUCUUUUCCUGGCAGCAGCCACACUCCUAUUCCGCCAGUCCAUCACGAAGGAUAGUGGUGUCUCCAUCAAGUUUCGCCUGGAUGGGAGCCUAUUCAACAUCCGGCGCCUACAGGCAAAGACGAAGAUGGCAGGCACCAACAUCCAGGAGCUGUAAUAUGCAGACGACUGCGCACUCCUCGCCCACACUCCUGAUGCCAUGCAGCAUGCACUAGACACCAUGUCAUCAGUCUACCGCUCACUAGGUCUGGUGAUCAACAUCCAGAAAACAGAGGUUCUCAUCCAGGAGAAGUCCCCAUCCCCUACACCCCCUGUCUUUACCAUCAGCGGCACACCCCUCAAGCUCGUUGAGCAGUUUUGCUACCUCGGCAGUACUCUGACCCCAACAUGCCAGAUCAAUGAUGACAUCCAGGCUCAUAUCAACUCAGCCUCCUCUGCCUUUGGAAGACUGCGCUCCCGGGUGUUUGAAAACAACCACCUUCGAACCUCAACGAAAGUGUCAGUCUACAGGGCGGUGUGUGUCUCAACUAUGCUGUAUGGGUCAGAAGCCUGGAAAAUAUACCGCAGACACAUCCGCUGCCUUGAUGCAUUUAACAUCAGAUGUCUCCAACGCAUUCUUAACAUCACAUGGCAGGACCGAGUUCCUCAUACGGACAUCUUACAGCGCACUGAGUCCAUAAGCAUAGAGGCCACCCUGGCACAGCGACAACUCCGGUGGGUUGGUCACACCAUCCGGAUGCCAGGACACCGAUUGCCUCGUCAGAUGCUUUAUGGUCAGCUCCUUUCAGCCAGCAGAAAGCCCGGAGGACAAAAGCUGCGGUACAAAGACCAACUGAAAGGGAUAUUGAAGAGGUGCAACAUCAAACCCCACGAACUUGAGACAGCUGCAGCCAAUCGAUCGCUGUGGCGUUUGCUGUGCCAUGACGGGGUCAUGUAUCUGGAGGAGUGUCGGAACCAACACCGGAAGGAUCAGCGGAGGCGAAGACACCACCCUGCAGUUCCAGAACCAUCCCAGCCCCCUGAUCCAGGCCUGACAUGUCCCCACUGUGGCAGGAUGUGUGGUUCCAGGAUCGGACUUCAUAGUCAUAUGGAGUGGCAUCGUCGCCAGCAACGAUAGCCACCGACCAGAGCAACAAAAUGGAAGCUACGUCAUCUUCGACUACGAUGGACCGCCUCAGCAAGAUGGCUCCAUGAGCUGGGCAAACGCCUGGAGAUGCCCUACGUCAACAACACGGUCGGCGGCCCGUCGGUGCGCAGCUCGUACAUCGCCGCCCUCUACUUCACCCUCAGCAGCCUGACCAGCGUCGGCUUUGGCAACGUGUGCGCCAACACGGACGCCGAGAAGAUCUUCUCCAUCUGCACCAUGCUCAUCGGCGGUAUGCCGGACGCCUCGUAUGGAAUAACGUGAUUGGGCAGGCACGCUGUUUAUAUCGUGGGAAAGCGGACGUGAAAAAAGGCUGUCCUCUCAGGUCCGCAUGGAGUUGGAGGGGGCGUGGCCUCCAGCUCCGGCUGAAAAUCGGGAGAUUUUCGGGAGAAUAUUUGUCCCGGGAGGUUUUCAUGAUAGGCGCUGAAUUUCGGGAGUCUCCCGGAAAAUAAGGGAGGGUUGGCAAGUAUGGUGCAACCUGAGAUAGUUAGAAUCCCACAGCAGUUUACACCGACUGAAAACAUUAUUGUAGAGUUAAAUGUAUGCAAUAUACUGUACAUACAUUCAGUACAUACACACAUACAUACAUACGCAAACACACAUACACACAUUCGCACACAUAUACAUACGUACAAUCAUACAUACAUACGCACAUCCAUACAUUUGCACAUACACACAUGUCAUGAUCCGUGGUCCGGAUCAUGCUUAGUUUAGUUAUGUUCUGUUAGUUUUGGACUUCUUUAGUUCCUGGUUGCACUUCCUUGUUUCAGUUUCUUACCAUGGUUACUUAUUAUUUUCACCUGCCGCUUGUGUUCCCGACGCGCACCUGUUUGUCAUAACUGACACUAUUUAAGCCUGCCUUUCUGUUCACUCGUCCUGGCUUCCUUGUUUGCGGUAAGCAACAGUCACGUUUUAAUAUUCCUGAUUCUUGCUCCUGUUCUAGACUCUGUGCCUAGUUGUCUCAGUUCUGUGCUAAGUGUUAGCCUUAGCUUCCCGUGCGUUCGGCACGCUUUUCUUUUGCUUGUUUUCUGUUUGCCUAUGAUUUAUGUUAAAUAAAUAAUCUCUUACCUUCACGUUUUUGUCCGGAGUGUCCGUGUUGCAUUGGAGGAACGAUCCCGCAUAAAUAUGCGACUCCCACGUGACAACUAGGGCUGCAACUAACGAUUAAUUUGAUAAUCGAUUAAUCUGUUGAUUAUUACUUCGAUUAAUACUCGGAUAAAAGAGACAAACUACAUUUCUAUCCUUUCCAGUAUUUUAUUGAAAAAAAACAGCAUACUGGCGCCAUGUUCUUUCAACUUGACAAAUAAAACAAGGAAAAUGUUACCAAUGUAGCCGAGUGUCCUGGGUUCACAUAUUCUGUGUACUGAUAUAAUAUAAUAAUAAAAUAAUAAAUGGGAGUCACGAGAGCACGUCUGGUCUCCACCACUUCUUUAAUGUCAUCUUCCACACCUCCUUCA